GGACAAAUGCAGUGAAAUGUUUGACUGCUUAUAUCGGUCUGUUUUCAAUUUAAAUGAUUAAAUGUUUGAUAUUAACUGCGACGAAUUUGAAACAAUGUAAACUUUGAAGUUAUAUGUGCCAAUUAAAUCAUGGCAGGACUUUUAACAGAGGAAGAAGAAAGAGAAAUAAGAGAAACUUUUGCUUUAUUUGAUGCUGAUGAAACUGGGAAACUAUCUAGAGAUGACAUAGCAAAAGUUGUGCGUAGUACAGGUUGUAAUCCUACAGAAAAAGAACUUCUAGAUAUGUUUCAAUCAAUAGACUCCGAUGGUAUGGAAAGUGAUGGCAAUAUUGAUAUAAAUGACUUUUUAUUAUAUUAUGCUAAAAAGUUGCAUGACCCUUCGAGAGAUGAAGAGGAAGAGGCAAAUGAAGCAUUCAAACAGUUUGAUCUGAAAGGAGAAGGCUCUGUGGAAUUACAUGAGCUGAAAGACAUUAUGACAAGUCUUGGAGAAGAGAAUUUUUCGAAUGUAGAGUUUCGAAAAAUAGUAAAAGAUGUUAAGGUAGACGAUGAGGGGAAAAUAUACUAUCAAGCUUUUACGAAAAUGAUGAAUGAAAAGCAGUAGAUUGAUUUACCAAAUACAUUGAACAGGAAUACUAUCGUAAUAUGUGUCAGAAGUCAUGCAUUUAUAGGAUGUUUAUUUUGAAAACUUUUGUAAAUAAUAAUAAUAAUAUGUUUUAAUAACUGUCAAUUUAUGAAUAAAUUUAAGAUAACUAUA